AUGCCUGACACGGUGCUGGCAGCUGGAGAACUGCUCCCAAGUUCAACCAAAGCUGUACCUGGGGAAGGACCAGAUGACGCUGAUAGUGGGAAUGAAAGUCGAAGUGGAAGUGAGGAAACCAAUGUUUGUGAAAAAUGCUGUGCUGAAUUCUUCAAAUGGACUGACUUUUUAGAGCACAAGAAAAACUGCACUAAAAACCCUCUUGUUUUGAUUGUAAAUGAUGAUGUAGCAGCACCAGCAUCAGAAGAGUUUCCUGAGCAGUCGCCUGCAAGUUCCCCCAGUGACCAAGCAGAGAGUGAAGCUGCAGAGGAAAGUAUUCCGUUAGAAAAUAAUGAGACUUGUGAUAUAAAAGAGGCAGAAAAGGAAGAGGAACCUAUGGAGGUUGAAAACACUGAAGAGAAACCCUAUCAGAGUCCAGAGACCUCAAACAACGCUACUCCUCUACCUCAGAUUCCUGAACCACCUUCCUUGACUAAUUAUAAUAUGCCAAACACUAAUGUUACCUUAGAGACUCUACAAGGUACUAAAGUGGCAGUUGCACAGUUUUCACAAAAUAUGCGAUGUGUAGGUGGUGUAAAUGCUGCAGCUACAGCAAUGGCAAUCCCCAUGAUUUUAGAACAGUUAAUGGCAUUACAGCAGCAACAAAUACACCAGCUGCAACUGAUUGAGCAGAUUCGUAGUCAAGUGGCUCUAAUGAAUCGCCAGCCACUACGUCCUCCUUUGAACCCUGCAGUUCCACCUCCGAGUGCUCCAGUUCCUGCUUCCAAUCAGCUUCAGGGUUUUGCUGCACAUUCAACUCUCCAGUUAACAUCUGUGGUUCCACCUACACUUGCAGGACCUGCUCCCAUCAGUCAGCCACCUGCUCUGGAAAACCCACAGCAUAUGUCACAGCCUACUUCUGGAGCAAGUACCCCAACCAUUCCUUGUUCUGUCUCUUCUGCACCAACAGAAUCUAGCACAUCAUUAUCAAACAAUAUAAAAGCAGCUUCAGUAGCCCCUAGUCCUGUAUCCAUUGCUACAAGCAUUCCAACGCAUCCACAAAGUUCCUCAACACCUCCAUCCACUGGACAUGGGAAUGUCCUCACCUCAUCUUCCAGCUUGCCAAGCCCCCUUCUACCUCAGAGUUCAUCAAGCAGUGUAAUCUUCCCCAACCCACUUGUCAGCAUUGCUGCAACAGCUAAUGCAUUAGACCCCCUUUCUGCACUCAUGAAGCACCGCAAGGGAAAGCCACCAAAUGUAUCAGUAUUUGAAACCAAGUCGACCUCCGAAGAUCCAUUUUUUAAACAUAAAUGCAGGUUUUGCGCCAAGGUUUUUGGAAGUGACAGUGCUUUGCAAAUUCACUUACGUUCUCACACUGGUGAAAGGCCUUUCAAAUGUAACAUAUGUGGGAAUCGUUUUUCCACAAAAGGAAACCUAAAGGUUCAUUUUCAGAGACACAAAGAAAAAUAUCCACAUAUUCAGAUGAAUCCGUAUCCUGUUCCAGAAUACCUUGACAAUGUACCUACUAGCUCUGGAAUUCCAUAUGGAAUGUCACUUCCUCCUGAGAAACCAGUUACAACAUGGUUAGAUAGCAAACCCGUGUUACCAACCAUUCCAACUUCCAUUGGAUUGCAACUUCCUCCCACAAUCCCAGGUGUUAACAACUACGGAGAUUCUCCAAGUAUGACACCAAUGAACAGAUCCCCCCAAAUGCCAUCUCCUGCUUCUAGUGAAUGCAAUUCUUUAUCACCAAUCAUACAUAAUUCUGUAGAAUCCCCACAGCCUAUACAGACAGUAACUGCUAUCACCAAAACAGAACCCAUUAUUCUGCCACCUACACCUGCUAGAUUAAGUGAACAGCCAUUGCCAGCACAAAUAUCCACUCCUGUUACCACAUCAGUCCCUACUGUUACAGAUACCAGUAUUUCAACAAGCCUCCCAAACUCUGUGCUUCCAUCCAUGUCUGACCAGUUCCAAGCAAAAUUUCCAUUUGGUGGUCUUCUGGAGUCUAUGCAAACAUCAGAAACCUCAAAACUACAACAACUAGUAGAGAACAUUGAUAAAAAAAUGACAGAUCCAAAUCAAUGUGUCAUUUGUCACAGAGUUCUGAGCUGUCAGAGUGCUCUCAAAAUGCAUUACAGAACACAUACAGGAGAAAGACCAUUUAAAUGCAAAAUUUGUGGACGUGCUUUUACUACUAAAGGUAAUUUAAAAACACAUUUUGGUGUUCAUCGUUCAAAGCCUCCACUAAGAGUUCAGCAUUCAUGUCCCAUUUGUCAGAAAAAAUUUACCAAUGCUGUUGUUCUGCAGCAACAUAUUCGUAUGCAUAUGGGUGGACAAAUUCCAAACACCCCUUUACCAGAGGGCUUCCAAGAUGCAAUGGACUCUGAGCUUUCUUUUGAUGACAAGAAUCUUGAAACAAUGAGCAACUACGAUGAUGAGUUUGAUGAUAAUUCUUUAGAUGAUGAUAUAGACUUAAAGGAGACUGCAAAUGACUCUAAUAAUCCACUUAUACCAUACUCUGGGUCAUCACCUGCCUCACCACCUACUGUCAUUUCAAGUAUUGCUGCUUUAGAAAAUCAAAUGAAAAUGAUUGACUCUGUAAUGAGUGCUCAGCAAUUUAUUAGUUUAAAAAACAUAGAAAAUGGAUCUGCAGAAAGUGAUCACUUGAGCAAUGAUUCCUUGUCUGCUGUAGGGGAUAUGGAAAGCCAGAGUGCAGGGAGCCCUGCCAUGUCAGAAUGCUCUUCAUCCAUGCAAGUUUUGUCUCCUGCUCAUAGUCACAGUGAAAGUAAUAGAUCCAAAUCUCCAAAUAUAAUCAGUCAAGAAGAGCCAUCAGAAAUACAGCUCAAAACAGAAAAGCCAGAAAGUCCUUUACCUGUUCCUGAUAAUGAAGGUGCACUGGAUCUGACGUCAACCAAUCCUGGACGACCAGUCAUCAAAGAAGAGGCUCCUUUUAGCCUGCUGUUCCUGAGCAGAGAACGUGGUCCCAGCCAAACAACUACUAGCCUGGUCACCAGCACCGCGCCUGCCAUGAUCAAAAUGGAAGUGAAUGGCCACCUGAAGCCGUUAUCAUUGAGUGAAGGUCCUCAUCUUUCAGCUGGAAUCCAGGUUCCUGCUGCUCCACAGACAUCGAUGAGUCCAGGCAUGAAUCCUAUGCUGGCACCCCCACCACGACGAACUCCAAAGCAGCACAACUGUCAUUCGUGUGGGAAGACCUUCUCCUCAGCAAGUGCACUACAGAUACAUGAACGUACUCAUACUGGUGAAAAGCCAUUUGGUUGCACAAUCUGUGGUAGAGCAUUUACCACAAAAGGGAAUCUUAAGGUCCAUAUGGGAACACACAUGUGGAAUAAUGCUCCUGCAAGACGUGGUCGACGCCUUUCUGUAGAGAACCCAUUGGCUUUGUUAGGAGGCGAUGCACUUAAGUUUUCAGAAAUGUUUCAGAAGGAUUUAGCGGCUCGAGCAAUGAAUGUUGACCCCAGUUUUUGGAACCAGUACGCUGCAGCAAUCACAAAUGGACUUGCCAUGAAAAACAAUGAGAUUUCUGUUAUACAGAACGGAGGCAUUCCACAGCUCCCGGUGAGUUUAGGUGGAAGUGCAAUCCCACCAUUAGGCAAUAUUUCCAGUGGAAUGGACCGAGCACGUACAGGCAGCAGCCCUCCAAUACUUAGUCUGGACAAAAUGAACUCAGAAUCUAUUGUAAAUCGACCUUUCACAAGGUUUAUUGAAGAGAAUAAAGAAAUAGGCAUAAACUAAUUACAUUAAAGACUUGGACCAAUCCUCUUCAAAUUUGUACAAUUUUGUGUACAGUUUUUUUGAACUUAUUUCACAGUUUCCUAACCCAAAUGCCUACUGUUGUUUUGCCCAUAGCAGAAAUGUAUAGUCUUGUGGAUGCAGAAGAGAUGUUUUGCAAGAUCUGCAUGGUACUCCUUUCAGCAGUUACACUAACUGUUACAUUUGACUUUUAACUUUUAGUUAAUGACUGUUUAUUGGAUAACAAGCUUACAAAAGUUGCAAAAAGCCACACCACAAAACGUUUCCUACUAAUGAAAUUGAAUGAUACACUCAGACUUUAUCAUCCAACAACUUUACUGGUUUUGUUCACAUUAGAUAUAAACUUGAAAUCUGUUUUUAAGGAGCCUAAUACUAAAUAAUUUAGUACACCCCAAUGCUGUGUAUUACUACAGUGACCAUGUCUGUACUAUUUAUAAUAACGUUAUGCGGGUAUCCAACAAUAUUCAAGCCCCGUCCUUAAAUGGAUUUUUGUAUAGCAAGGUACAUUUGACUUUGUGACUUUUUCUUAGCAAGUUUUGUUUUGCUAUAAUCCAGUGAUGUUUAUUCCAAUGCAGGCAAAAUUGUGGCAUUUUUUUGGGAAGAUAGCAUGCUUUACAUGUGCAAGUAUCUGUCGGUAACAAACUUUUUAUUUAAAUAUUUGUAGCUGCUAUGUGGACAGUUGUUCGAUAAAAAUGCAAAAAUUUUGUGUGGAGACUAGUUCAAUUGUUGGAAAGCAAGUUACAGGAAAAAAAAAAAUCUUUUUACUCUAAAUUAUUCACACCAUAGGAAGCUGUGAGUCAAAUCUUCAUGUUAUCUUUGCUGUACAAUAAAGGGUAAUGUUUGUAUAA